AUGUCGGCAAUCUACAACCUCGAGCCACAGCCGACGGCGUCGGCCAUCCUGCACACGACGCUGGGCGAGAUCUCGGUCGAGCUGUUCGCUAAGCAGACGCCCCUGACGUGCCGCAACUUCCUGCAGCUCGCGCUGGACGGGUACUACGAUGGGACCGUGUUCCACCGGCUGGUGUCGGGAUUUAUCGUGCAGGGUGGCGACCCGACGGGCACGGGGAACGGCGGAGAGUCCAUCUACGACGGCGGGGCGCUGUCGGGCGACCUGGACCCGUGGCCGAUGGAGAUGAGGAGGGGGCGAAACGCGGGCGAGCACGGGGUCAACUUCCGCGACGAGUUCCACUCGCGACUCAAGUUCAACCGGAGGGGGCUGCUGGGCAUGGCCAACGACGGGAGGGCCGACAGCAACGGGAGCCAGUUCUUCUUCACGCUGGACAAGGCGGAGGAGCUGAACGGGAAGAACACCCUGUUCGGACGCGUGGCGGGCGAGACCAUCUACAACCUGGCCAAGAUUGGGGAGUCGGAGGUGGUGGAGGGGACGGAUAGACCGAUGUACCCCGUCAAGAUUGACCGGGUAGAGAUCCUGGUCAAUCCGUUUGACGAUAUGAAGAAGAGGGAGAGGGUAGCUGUGCCGUCGACGGCGCAGAAGAAGAAGCCGGAGAAGAGGAAGAAGAGAAAGGGUGGCAAGCAGCUGCUCAGUUUCGGGGAUGAGGAGGGUGGAGAAGAAGAAGAGGUGCCGGUGCCGAAGAAGGCUAAGUUUGACACGAGGAUCAUUGCGGAAGAGGAGGAGGAGGAGGAGGAGGAGGAAGGGCCGGUGCCGAAACAGCCAAAGCCGAAGUCGAAGAAGGAGACGCGGGUACCGCCAAAGGAGAGACCGCCAAGGGAGACGCCGCCAAAGGAGACACAGGAGAAGGAGGUGGAGGAGGUGCAGCAGCGGCAGAAGAAGGAGGAGGAGGAGACCGGCAAGAGAUGCUCGCCUACAGCGUCACCAUCACCAUCACCAGAACCCGAACGGCAAAAGACGGCUCUGGAAAGGGCCAACGAGGAGAUGGCGGCCAUCAAGGCCUCGCUACGACGGACGGUGCACACGGAGGCAGCCGUCCGACCGGAGAAGAGGAAGAAGUCUACGCUCGAUUCCAUGAUCCCCGAGAACUCCGUGCGCGGCGCACGGAAGAGACGGCCCGGCACCGCGGCGCGCGAGGAUCCCGAGGUGCUACGGAUGCUGGACGCGUUCAAGUCCAAGCUCGGCAACAGCACUGCAGCCACGACGACGACACCACCAGAGAAGAAGAAGAAGAAGAAGCAGCAGCAGCAGCAGGAUCACGGCAAGGAUCAUGACGGGGGCGCGGAUGCAGGCGAAGCAGACCUGUGCGACCUGCACUUCAUCGCCAACUGUCAGAGCUGCACGGCGUGGGAUGAGAAUGGUGCGCGGGAAGAGGAGGAGGAGGAGGAGGACGACGACAUGGGCUGGAUGUCGCACUCCCUCUCGUUUGCGGCGGACAGACUCGGCAAGGACCUGAGCAACAGGAAGAAGGCCGAGGAGGAGCUGGUGGUGAUCGAUCCCAGGGAAAAGGCGAGGUCGUUCAAGGAGAGCAAGAGGGCGGCGGAGAGGAGGGGCGGCGGCGGCGGCAGCAGCAGCAGCAGGCAGUGGGAUCAGAAGAGGGACCAAGCUCGGAAUGCGAAGCUGGCGCAGGCGUCGUCUCUGGCAGGGAGGGGAGCCAAGUAG